AUGCCGGCUUCGCUGCGCUCUCUAGCCACACACAGAGCCGAUGCAACGCUCCAACCACCACGAGAAGAUCCGCAAGACGAAGGCGGUACAAAUACCAGUCAUCGUGCAGAGGGUAAAGAAAGGCUUGCAAGGAAGCUGGCAGACGUGUCGCACUUACUGGACGGUCUCUUGGAGCCUCUUGAAGCUUUAGAAGGACUUUGGAUACGCACUCACAGCGUGUUGGAGCUGAUAGCGUUACUUCAGGACCACCACUUUAUGCAGAUGGUGAAGUGGGAAUCCGGUUGGAGGCUGACUAUCGAGACUAAGAUGAAGAGAAUGCUAAUGCAGAAACUUGGACGGCGUGAAGUACCAGGAGCAGGAGCUGAGACAUUUGACGUUGCGCUGGCAGUGCUGGUGUAUUUCUUAUCUUCUCACGCUGAAACGGAAGGCUGGUUUGAUGACAAAGUGCUGCUGGAUGCAGUGGUGUACGCGCUCAGACGGGCGGUCACGCGUGCAAGAGCAAUAGAAGUGAAGCAGCAAGUGAAACAGGACGAGAAGCUGGAGGUUGAUACGUUCAGUUCUACUUCUGCAGCUACUUUUGCUGUCGAGAAAAAGUGUUUGAAGCGGAAGCAGAAGUUUAAGAUGCCAAAUGAUGCUGCGAGUGCGAAAGUGGCUGGUGCACGUGCUUUUGCAGGUGCCAAGUCGGUGGUGAGUUUGACGCAUGUGACGUCAACAGAUAGGGAUGAAUCGUGCUGGAUGCAGCUUGAUGGACUUCUGCGCGAUCACGAGUCGUUCUAUGUUGAAGGCAAGCUGCACGUUUCGGUAGUGAGCGCGCUAAGUGCCGCGCUGCAAAACUUGCUGCAAGUGAGCGAGACCUUGCCGAGCCUUUCACUAGGCUUGACCCCACAAUUAUGUGAUGUUUCAUCACGCGACUCUGCGGAGAAUACUUGCGAUCGGAUACGUGCUCGGAAGCGUCAGCUUGUGCGGAAUGGCGGGGUCGAUGUGUUGAUGCGUGAGCUUGGUAAGCGGGUGCACGAUCUCAUAGCGGUUUCACCACUGACCCGGAUUGGAGCAAUUACGCUGGACUGCAUAAAACCGCUCCAGCGCAUCAAGACGUUGCUAUGCUUUUUCGACCAAAUUUCGUUUUUGGCCUUAAAUGUACAGCGAUACAUAGCAAGAAAGAGAGCACUUGUUGCACUGUUGCUGAAGCUGAUUCGCUUGCUCAGUGAACUGAGCUGGGGUACUCAUGCGCAAGGGUGGUGGAAGGCUGAAGUCGCGCGGAUGUCAUUGGCCGUUGAGACUUUGCUAUGUGCGUUGCGUGUGUUGAUCAAUUUGACGCACUGUAACGUCGAGGCUGCACAGCAUGUUUUUGCCUUGGAUGGCAUGCCACAGCUUACAGCUUCACUUUUCCAGCUUUUGAGCUUUGUGAUGAGAGCCAAGGAGCACUUACUUCUGCUAUCGGCAGCAAGAAAGUGGGAGUUCGACGCGUGUUUACUGUUACUGAGUCUGAUGGUAAACUGUAUUGAGUUUAGCAAGGACAACCGUGACGCACUAGCUGGAGUAUCGUUGCUCCAACGUGAGUCAACACGCGGUGCAUGCGGUUUGUUUGUGUCUUUUUUUCUGGCAAAAGUGCAGUCGUUCCAGCACCUUAUUUCCGAACCGAAGGAUGCUAAUGAGGCAGUACGUAUUGACGAUGACAGCGACGACUGGAAUCCUGAGGAUGUGAUUCUAGGAGGUUGCAUGUCGUUGCUGCUUGGGUAUCUCAUAGAGGGGUCGGUAGUUGAUCGCGCACUCAUUUUGAGCUCUCUGCCGGGUUUCUCGCCGCGGUUGUUACUUCGUGCCCUUAGCGCGUUCGUGGCACUUCACUCGCAGAUUGGUGCACUGACCUUUGACGUAGCCACAUCGGUUCUUCAUGUUGAAAAAGUACUGAAGUCAUGCCAGGAAGGAUUGCGUGAUGCAUACUAUCUUACGGAUGCUGCUGAAGCAUCUCCUGAAGUUUUUGAGAGACAAUGCGCUUCUUCGAUGGGUUUGUUGGAUUCAGGCUCAGUCGUGGGCAGUGAUAUUGCUGUGGGCAGUAGCCUUGGAUCUGAGAUCGUGAUGAAGGAGUCAGUCAUGCUCCGAAGCGGUGAUGAGUCGUCAUCAUCUCUGCAAGCUGGUGUCGUGAAAGGUGCACGCUUUCGUCUUGAUGACUCUGAUGGGGAGUACGAGCCACGCCGUCAGGGCCAAAUGUCGAAUCUCGACGUAUCCAGUGCUUUUGAAAUACAUGACACACCUCCGAUGACUCCGUGUGGGGGUAAACGACCUUACUCGGGAUUGGUGGAGACGUCCUACCCUUCAUCGUCGAAUACCAGAAGUCCUCUGCGUCCUAGUAUAUCGUUACCCACUGCAGUGCUUCCGGAUGACUCUCCGUCAUCUCCCGUCGUGACGCGGCUUUUGAAACGUACUCGUGAGAUCGUUAGGGAAUUCGAUGCUGAGUUCACAAAACCGGAUUGCUCGACCGCCGAAAAGCAAAUCGCAUGCAGCGAAAUAACCACCGCACGAUCGCCAUGUAUGGUGCUUACGAUGAAUCUGACUUGCCGUGAGAAUGAAAGUGAUGGACUGGACAUUUCUCCAGAUGUGCUUGGAGGAAGCUACGACAGCGUCGGUAUGAACAUGAACAAGAUCAUAGUCGAGCGAGACGUCUGUGGUAAGGCGGCGUCUAUGCGAAAAAAGAAGUCUUCUCGCGAUUUCAACGGACCUGCAGAAAAUGCUGUCUUUGAGUUUGCGUCCACAGACACGACUUUAUCGACAUCUUCUCGUGUGCAAAAGUGCACGAUGCUGCUACAAACGCCGACGAAUGGUGGGCACUCUUUUGAUUUUGAUCGACCGUCACCAUCGCUGAAUCUGACGCCUACAAAGACGACCCCAUCGACUUCGUUGCAGUUCAAGACUUCCCAGAAGCUGCUGCGCAAGAGCUGUCGCUCUUCUCUCAAUCAGCAGCCGUUAUCGGCAAAUUCACUUCGCCGCAAGGCAAAAGCAGUCCGCACUGCUUCUAGCUCCAUCUUUGACUUCGCGGACUCCGAUCGAAACCUCCUUAUGACGAACAUCGAGUUGAAAGUCCACCACGAUGAACAGUCGUAUCAAUGA